AUGUAUGCACCAGCCCGGUCCUCCACCUCGCACAUGCAAAGGCCAAAACUAACCACGCUCAGGGCCGUCUUCUCCCUCCUCAUAAUCAACAAAGCCGGCGGCCUAGUCUACAACCGCAAAUUCACCGCCGGCCUCAACGACCUCAGCAGCAACGACCUGCUAAUCAUGGCCGGCACCUUCCACGGCGUGCACGAGAUCUCGCGCUCCAUCGCGCCGGCUCCCUCCCAACCGUCCCACAUCCCCCUCUCCACAUCCUCCUCCUCCACCGCCACCGCAGGCACCACGAUCCAGCAAAACCCAACCACCCUCCGCGCUAGCGGCAUCGAAGUCUUCGAGUCCGCAACCUUCCGCCUGCAGUGCUUCCAGACGCUGACGCGGACGAAGUUCCUGCUGCUCACGGAACCGCAGCAGCCGAAUGUGGAGGUUAUUCUGAGGAGGAUACACGAGCUGUAUGCGGACUUUGUGAUGAAAAAUCCGUUUCAGACGCUGGAGAUGCCGAUUAGGUGUGAGAAGUUUGAUCGCGCGGUGGAUGGGUUUGUGAGGGUGAGGGGGUGA